UUUUAGUGAACCCCUGCAACAGGCCCCUACCAGCCGCCGCAUUGCGGGUGGAUUGACCGUGUUAUCGCUGUUGGAAUUAGGGCUAAUCAUUCUUGCAGUGUAUCCGCCAAGAUGGAUAAGAAAUUGAAGAAAAGGCCUUUUAAAGUCUCGAUCGAAGGAAAUGUUGGAUGCGGCAAAUCUACUCUCAUUGACUAUUAUAAACAAUUCCCGGAAAUGGAUGCUUACCCCGAACCAGUUGCUGAGUGGAGAAAUUUUCAUGGGCACAAUUUAUUGCACCUCCUUUACUCUGACCCUGAUAAAUGGAACUUCCCCUUCCAACAUAAUGUUCAGUUGUCACGAUUGAAACAGCAGACCAAAGAUACUGACAAAGCUGUUCAAAUUUUUGAGAGAUCUCUCCAAAAUAACAUACACUGUUUCGUAGAAAUGGCUCAUGACGAAGGGGUUCUGACAGAUCCUGAAUACACGGCAAUGUGUGAAUGGUGUAGGUGGAUAGAAAACAACAUGGACAUUGGCUUGGACUUAAUCGUUUAUUUGCGAAGCAGUCCUGAAAUUGUAUAUGAAAGAAUGUGUCGCAAAGCGAGACCUGAAGAAAAACCAGUGUCAGUAGAGUACCUUACUGUGCUUCAUGCAGCAUAUGAAAAAUGGUUAAUGCAAACUGACUCUGCCUCGUUACCUUCCGCGGUUCUAUUGGAAACAAAUGGAGGAAAACACAAAGGCUUGGAUCGCAUCAUGCCCGACCUGUCAAAGAGUAAAACCUCGCAACUGCUUCCCCGCUGGACUGAUGACACCGGCGGCCAUUGAACCAUACCCCUUCAGAAAAUGCUCAAUAGACGUAGCUCAAUGCUCAGUGUCAAAACUAAGAAACCGAUAUAUAGUCGCGAUCAUAUGCCAUUUCGCAAAAUGUCUUUACGCGGA